AACUGAGCUAAGCCCCUGUCAAAACGAGACAAACCCAAAUCGUUAAAGAAGAACGGAGGGGGAGAGGAAGCGUAGAAGAGGAGGAUCCAAAGUUCAGAAGGAAGAAAAGGAGAAAAAAUCGAAAUACCUCGAGGGAAUUUCAAAAUUUUCAGUUAAUUAAGCAUUCAAGAACAAAUGGAGUCAGGAAAGAAAAAAACAUUCCAAAUCAAAGCUAAGGUAUCGUGUGUGAAGAAGUCAUUGCAUUCAGAGAAGGGUUGACUAAUAUUCGUCGAGACGCAUUCACACUCAAAUAUGGGAAGAUUCUACACUUGUUAUAUGUACCAGUACAAAAGGAUGCUCUUACCGCACUAGCCCAGUUUUAUGAUCCACCACUCAGAAGUUUCCUCUUUAGAGAUUGGACUCUCCUAAGCAGAAGAAGGGACCAUACAGGAGGCUAGGUCAAAUCCCUAAACCCGAAGAAUUGGCAGAAGUACUAGACAUCCCAGUCAAAGAUCUAACCCCUAACAUCAAAAUUUGGGGGAAGGUGCAAGGAAUUCCACAAGAGUACCUGGAGAAAACUACUAAAAACUUUGCCGAAGCCCAGAAGCAGGAAGCCCAUGAUACUAUUAUGGAUUUACUUAUUUUUGGAUUGGUGUUAUUUCCUAAUAUGGAAAAGUUAAUUGAUGCAGCGGCUAUCAGCGUGUUUUGGGCCGUCAAGGUUAAGAAUGAAGAUCCACACCUUGCACUUACGCUUUGAGAAGGAGGGAGGACUGAUGUUAUGUUACAUACCACUCCUUUACCAAUGGCUUAUCUCUCAUGUGUUCAAAGAGGUUGAUACAAUUGAAAGUAUGGAUGGAUAUGAGUGGUCUCAAAAGCUAGUAGGACUCACUGAAAAUACAAUUAUUUGGUAUCCUCAUGGUUUGAAUGUGGGAGAUACAAUUACUAGUUGUGGAGAAUUUCUGAAUGUACCAUUAAUAGGGUCAAAAGGGUGCAUUAACUACAACCCUAUUUUAGCAAUGAGGCAGUUGGGUUAUCCUAUCACAUAUAAGCCGGACGACCAGUUGUUAGAAGGUUUUGUGUUCCAUGAUAUGGAGGAUCUUGUUAUGCUGAGAAGGGUUAUCCGAGCCUGGGAAAAAGUUCGCUUCAGAGGACAAGACAAAGGAAGGGGUGUCAUAGGGGAUAGAGAACCCUAUCAUCAAUGGGUCACCAGAAGAAGUCAAGAGAUCAAGCUGCCAUUCAUCCUCGAUCCUCCAACUCAACCUCCACCACCAGAACCCAUCCAUGUCUCCAUGGAAGAAGUGGAAGCGUUGAGAGCUACUAUAGCAAGACUUGGGCAAGAAAAUGAAGAGCUACAGACCAGCUUCCAGCAAGUUUCAAAUGAAAGAAAUGAAAUAAAGUGGGAACUAGAGAGGAAGAAGGCCCAGCUUGAAGCGACUGAGGAAAAGGUCGACAAGGAAGAACAUAAGAGAAAGAAAGUGAAGGUAGGCAUGGAACAAACUGAUCACUGCCUAGAAACCAUUAAAGAGCAGUUGAGACAAGUUGAGAAAGAAUGCCAGAAGAAUAGGCGAUGGUGGCUACGAGCUACAGAAGAGAAAAAAGAAGUUAGAGAGAUAUUGGAGGCUAAAUUACAAGAUCUCACUAUCUCCCUCCAUAAUGCUGAGACCCAAGCCGAGCACGAGCGCCGACUUAAGGAAAGAGCCCUUGAAGCUUCUCGAGUCACACCUACAACUUGGGCCAAGAAAUGUCAAGAAGAAAAAGAUGCUAGAGAAGUUGCUCAACAUUGGAAAGAUAGAUUCGAGGCAUUCCAUCAAGACAGUGUGAUAUGGCUAAGGGAAAGAGAGCAAGUCAUUGAGGAUUACGAUACCUUUAGGAGAACUAUCAAUUUCUUGCAAGCGGACAAAUAUGGGUACCGUGCAAAGCUCAACGGUUUGGUACAAUUCUGCAACUGGACGACCCAAGAAAUGCCUUGGAGGUUGAGAGAGGCAGUGGAAGGAUUGGACCAACAUGAAACGUAUCCCGCUGUAAUCCGUUUUGUUAUGAUGUGUCAGGGGAUGGUGAAGAGGUUCAAGCUUGAAUUAGAAGAACUCAUAACUUGAAAGACUGCUGUGUAAUUCUUUUGUUAUUCUUAUAUUCAGUUUAGUAUUUAAGCUGUAUCGAUUUGGGCGGUUAUGCCUUUGUACUCCGUACUUUAAACAUUUGAAUGGAGGAGGAUGAUCAUCAUUUUUAUUUCCUGACUUUAUGUUUUCUUCGAAUGCUUAAUAUAACUACAACCGUGAUGAAAAUUCCCUGAAAAUAAAAUAUGCAUAACAUUCGCAUCCUCAUGCAUCACGCUUCAUAAAAACAAGAAAACGUACCCAACCUUUUGCCCUCUAUCCAGUAACGCUGACUAAUCAACACCGGUACGAGACACGAAGCAACUACAAGAUGACGUUAGAGCAAGUGGAGGCUAACCAAGCUACCAUGAGGUCAGACAUCAAUACGAUCCAAGAGAAGAUGGAUCAACUGCUGGAAACAAUGCUCGCCAUCACCCAGAGAGAGAGGGUUGCGGAUGCAGAAGCUGAGGCUAGAAGGAAUGAUAACCCAUCAAGUUUGGUCCACCAAGACGAGAGCUUCGUCCACGCCAAGAAGAGUCUGGUUCAUAUACCAGUAGGAAGCAAAGGAGAUGGGGAUCGUGCAAAGCCUUCUGAGGCGCCUGCUCAUUAAAUGGGAGAUGACCCAUACGAAGCUUUCUAUGUGCCUGAUCAUCCGAAGCCAAAGAUACUUCCAGACCCUGCUACAGAUAGGCUUCGUGCCUUGGAGAAGAAG